AUGCAAGAUUACAGAGUCCUUUCUCAAUCGCUAAGGGAGAACAUUCCUACAUUCCAUCCUGAAGAAUUACUUGAUAACUUACACACUAUAAUACACGAAGAGCCAGAUGAUGAAACCACUGAAGUUGUGGAACAUUUCAAAUAUAAUCAAGAAUUAGAUAAAUCUUUAUUAUCAAGAGGUUCUAUAGUCGGUUUAGGGUUCUCUUUAAUGAGUGCCCCUCUAGGAAUGUCUACAAGUAUGGCUAUUGGAUUAAUCAAUGGUGGUCCUGCGACUAUCAUAUGGGGGUUUCUUAUAAGUGGGAUCUGUAUUUGGUUUUGUUCUUUGUCUCUAGGGGAAGUGGUCUCUAAAUUCCCCAUGGAAUUACACGUUAGUAGUGCCAUGUUGGCUCCCAAGAAAUUGAAAUUGAUUUGUUCUUGGUAUACAGGAUGGUUGAUGCUUUUAGGGAAUUGGACAAUGAGUACAAGUAUCACUUUUGCCGGUGCUCAAUUAACCAUUUCUUUAAUAUUAAUGACGAAUUCAGAUUUAAUCUCUGAGAAAUAUUUGAUAGGUUUCACAGUUAUUAUCUUCUAUUUGGUUGUUACCAUUGUCGGGUUAAUAAAUUUGAAAUUCGCAAGAUUUAUUGAAACUAUUAAUAGAGCUUGUGUCAUAUGGAUCAUUUAUGCAAUUUUGUUUAUUGAUAUAUUGUUACUAAUUUUCCAUAGAGGCAAAUAUCACUCUUUGAAAUAUUCAUUAUUCCAUUUCGAUAAUAGUCUUUCAGGUUAUUCAGGAUUUCUUAUUUCAUUUUUAAUCGGAUUCCAACAAUCAAAUUUCACAUUACAAGGGUUCAGUAUGUUACCUGCAUUAGCUGACGAAGUUAAAGUUCCAGAAAAGGAUAUCCCACGUGGUAUGUCUAAUGCAGUUCUUCUCUCUGCAUUUUCAGGUAUAGUAUUUUUAAUUCCAAUAAUGAUCAUAUUACCAGAAUCAGAUAAAUUAUUCACCAACCAUAAGAUAUUGCCUAUUGUAAAUAUUUUUACACAGUCGACGCAUUCCAUGUUUGUUUCAUUUUUCCUUUUAUUAAUGAUCCUGGGAAACUUAUUCUUUUCAGGCAUUGGAUCCAUUACAACAUCAUCUCGUGCAGUUUAUAGUUUUAGUCGUGAUCAUGCUAUACCGCAUCAUGAAACUUGGACGUUUGUUCAACCUGAAUCACAAUCAAAAGUCCCAAAAAAUUCUAUCCUUCUGAGUAUGGCUAUAUCAUAUAUACUGGGACUAUUAGCAUUAUUCUCCACAGCUGCAUUCAAUGCCUUCAUUGGCGCUGCAGUGUUAUGCCUUUGUUCCGCAACAUGUAUACCCUUAGUUCUAGUCUUAUUCAGAAGGAGAAGAGUUCUACGAAAUGCACCAGUUAAGAUAAGGUAUAAACUGGGGUGGUUCGUUAAUAUCGUCUCUAUAUUAUGGUUAUUAUUAUCAAUGGUGUCUGUUUGUUUACCACCAAAGAUUCCCGUUACUUUGGAAUCAAUGAAUUAUGCCUUAAUCGUUUAUCUACUUUGUAUCAUUAUUAUUACUUUGAUGUAUUUCAAAUGGGGGAAAGAUAAUUUCAAACUGCCAUUAAUUGAAGAAGAGAAGAAAAAUCAAAAUGAUCGUACAAGGAAGGUUCCACUGGAUAUUAUAUCCAUAAAGAAAAAUAUAAAGGCUCAUAAAACUGGAGUAUCAACAACAGCUCCAUAUUCUUUGCUACCGCAGGAUGAAAAUACAGCUGAUAUGAACGAAAGUGAAAGUAAUCACACGACGAAUGGUAAUGAUUUGCAUAAAGUUCCUCUUUCAAAACAAUCUAAUCCAUUCGAAUCUGCCAAUGAGUUGCCAGAUGAUACAGAAGUAUGGGACAUAGACAAUGAAUUGGAACGUGAACAAGAACAAGAACAAGAACGAAUAAGUGAGACAAGUGCUAAAUAA